GACUUGGUUCGGCUAUAACGGCUCCAACACACACACACACACACACACACACACACAGAAACCCCUUUGCAAGCUCUGCGACUUAGACCAUUUUCUCGCUAUCGGACAAUUUAAAACAUUUUCUUUGCACAAUAUUUUUCUGUUCAAAACGCGCGUGCGUCUGUUCACUCCGUCAUAAAGUUUGCGUCAUUUCUGAUCUUCGUGCAGGAUUUUUCUGAAUAAUGCACAUUUACAGAGGAAAGAAAAACGAAUAAACAGUUGACCUGUAAAGAUCCAGAUUAGAGUAUGGUGCUUGCACUUUUCUAGUAAAGUUUGGAUCUGGGGUCUGGACCCCGAGUAAUAUUGUAUUCAGUGCUCUUCGACACGCGCGCGCACAAAGUUGGAUAUAUGCACCGUGAUUUUUCUCCUCCUCUCCUCCUCUCCUCUCCUCCUCUCCUCGCCGGAUUCCGGGUAACAUAUGGCGUAAACGCGAGCACAGCUGGAGGUAGCGUUUGCACGGCGCUGAUGUCAGAGCAGCUGACUCCACAGCUUGCGGGAUAAUUAGUGAACAGGCCACCGGUUCACCCGGUCCGCGCGGUUUCAUUCUUCUUUUUUUUUCGCUCGGACUAGAAUCGCGAUCUCUUUUCAUGCACACGGAAGUCUCUAUUAUAUAUAUGUUAUAUAGAUAAAUAUAUAAUAUAUUUAUGUGUAUUAUAUGUUUAAUAUCCUUUUUAAAAUACAGAUAUAGUAAUCUAUAGAUCGUAAGCUCCGGAGCGCGAGCGCACUCUGUUCGGCGACAGGCGCGUGCCGCGUUUGAACACGGUUUAUUUUUCUCUGCGCGUAAGAAGACAAGAAGUCACGAGCGACUUCUCCUGGGGCCCCGUCAACAAGGUUAUGAGAGAAGCAUGGAGUUCCCAGACCACAGCCGCCACUUGCUGCAGUGCCUUAGUCAGCAGCGUCACCAAGGCUUCCUGUGCGACUGCACGGUGCUGGUCGGAGCGGCGCGGUUCCGGGCGCACCGGGCCGUGUUGGCCUCAUGCAGCAUGUACUUCCACCUUUUCUACCGCGAUCAGCUGGACACCCACGACGUGGUGCGACUGAACAGUGACAUUGUGACGGCGCCGGCAUUCAGCUUGCUCUUAGAGUUCAUGUAUGAGGGUAAGCUCGAGUUCAGCAUGCUGCCGGUGGAGGACGUGCUGGCAGCUGCUAGUUACCUGCAUAUGUAUGACAUUGUCAAAGUGUGCAAGGGAAGACUGAAAGAAAAGGAGCUGUCCUGCCUGGAUGAGAAACUUGUUGACAGUGUGAGUCUGAGCUGCCUGGACAGGGAGAGCUUGUCUGACAGGGAGAUAGAGCCCUGCAAAAUCCCCCUGAGAGGCCAAAUGGCAGAUGACAUGGACAUGGAUGACAUCACAGAUUGCGAUAGGCCAGCCCUGGCAAGGCAGAAGGCUAACGGUCACCUCGGUGGGUCUCCGGACCUUGUAGGUGUCAAUUAUGUGUCAGCCGAGGCCGAGGCCCGUGUGCGAACAGCUGGAAAAGCGAAUGUGGACGUCAGCGGUGCCUCCCAAAGGUCCCGGGCGCCCGUUGACACGGACAGUGCACUGGACUUGUCUUUGAAAGCGCUGUCGGGCAGAGAUGUGGGACAGCUGGCCCUCGACAGGCAGCAGCAGGGCAUAGAGAUGCACGCUCGAGACAAACACGGCACGCUGUCAGUGAAGGAGGAGGGUGGGGGUGCCAGCUUUGGGAAUAGUGUGCCCAUGACAGGGUUCGAGGCCCUCUUUCGGGGCAAAAAUGGCACUCUGCUGCCCUCAGAGGAGCACCUGAUGAUGGAGGACGAAGAAGAGGAGGUGGUUGGGUUGGACGCUGAUGAAGAGGAGGAGGGGUUAGGAGGAAGAAUGGGGGUUUUAGUGGCACAAAGAGAACGCAGCCACAGCCGAGAAGGCAGUGAGGAGGCUCGAGGAAGAGGAGAAAUACACAGUGAGGAGGAUGAGGACGACGAUGAGCUGGGCUCCACAGACAUAACUUCACUCCUGCCAUCAACGGGCACUGUUCCAGUCUGCGUCUGCCCGCUAUGCAACAAGGCUUUCCCAACACCACACGCUCUGCAGCCGCACUUGAGCUCGCACUUCCGUGAGCGGGAGGGAGCACGCGCCAAGCUCUCACCCGACGCUACGGUGCCUACCUGUGCUCAGUGCGGCAAAACCUUCUCAUGCGCAUACACAUUAAAGCGGCACGAGCGCACACACUCUGGUGAGAAGCCCUAUACAUGUGGCACUUGUGGCAAGAGCUUUCAAUACUCACACAAUCUGAGUAGGCAUGCCGUGGUGCAUACACGUGAGAAACCUCAUGCCUGUAAGUGGUGUGAGCGGCGCUUCACACAGUCAGGAGACCUGUACCGCCAUAUCCGCAAGUUCCACUGCGCACUUGUCAAGACUCUCUCUAUCGGAUAAGCACACUCCUUUUCUACUCGUAAAAGGCUGCUUCUGACCUACAUAUAUGAAGUAUUUAAGCAUAGAGGGGAGUCCUUCCCAAACCCUAAGCCACAGUGGUUUUUGGUGACAAUGCACUUGACCGGCUGUAGACAUGUUACAACUUAAAAUUGGAUCCAGUAUUUUGCUGUAUUGUAAUGCAGAGUUUAGGACUAAGGUCCCAAUGGAGUCCCUCCACCCAGUGGAGAAGUGUGAAGUGAAGUUAGGUGAUGCACUUGGUCAGUCACUGGCAGCGUCUUCUGAAGUUAAAUAAUCAAUAUUGUGAGUUUUUUUUUCUUCAACAGUAGUAUAGGUUUUGAAGUAAUUGCAUUUUACUGAAUGGAUGAAACAUUGCAUUGAAGUGAGCAAUGGAAACUUAGGUUAAGUUAUAUCUGCAAAUGAAUUUAGAAGUAUAAUUGACAGAUUUUUCGGGGUAAACUCGUUCUUGCUGAAUACGGAGUGGCAGGGAAGCUGGUAAUUAUUUGUCUGUCGCUUCUUUAUCACUUUUGGGGAAACAGGGUCAUGUGGUUCCUCUUGAAGUGGGAACAGUUUCUGAAGUAAUAAAAUGAAUGCGCAGGCAAUUACAACAACUACUACCUUUAUUCUAACUAUUGCAGUGUUCUUCUGCAGUAACUCAAAUGAAAAGAGUUUGAUUUAAAAGAAAAAGCAAAACGCUGAAUGAGCUCGAAUGGGAACUCACAUAACCCCCUAUUAUUAAUUAGUUAGCGUCGUGCUCAUUUUGUGGGUCUUUAUUAACCCUGUAUAACUGGAAACACUAACAAUUUGACUCAAAUUCUGGUAGAACAUAAAUGUUGGAGCCUUUAUAUCUAUUUUCUCCUUUUGUCCUACCUAACAUUUUUUGUGUUUUUUUUUUUUUUUCAACAAAAACAAGAGGCACUAAAAGUCCAUAUAACACUUCAGUUUAAUUUUUUUCCUGAGAAAACUUGAUUAGGAUUAUUUAUUAGUUCUGUUGGUUCAGGGUUCACUGUACACAUCGGAAGUAUACUUGUGUUAGAUCUUAAUAUGUCCUUCGGGUACUGUUUCAUCUACACUGAAUGGAUCGAUUGUAAAAAAAAAAAAAAAAAAUCAGUUGCUGUAUAUUGUAUUUGGUUUGUCAUUUCAAUUUACCCUGUGUAGACAAGCCAUUUUAAUCACUUUUCGUCAAGAGAUCGACUCCGGAACUGCUAAGACGCACUUGCUUUGUGCAUACCUAGACUGUACAUACAACACUGAUAUUCUGUAGGCUGCUAUUUCUAACUGAAUAUUUAUUGUAUAUAUGCAUUUUUUUUAUUUAUCUUUGUUUUCAUCAAAACAGCUGGUAUUGCAUAAAAAUCUCUCGACUUUUGAAAAGUCGAAGUCUUCCCUUGUUUUAAAGCCUGUAAUGCUGUAAUGCUGUGACAGAUGUAGCAGAUCAAGAAGCACAAUGUCACCAUGACUUGCAAUAGCUAAAUAGUUUCUACAUAAAGAACCAAUCCCAGGUAUUUAUUAAGAGAGUAACACAUCACAAAAUAUUCUGCUCUAAACAAAUGGAAGUGUUACAAACACUAUUUCAAGUGUUACAAACAGCACUUUUCUGUCAGCAGAGCGGUUUAAUGUAAUAUCUCCUGCAAAAAAAUCAAAAGAUCAACGUGAGAUUCAGUAAGAAUGUGAGCAUACACGUGUGACUAACGUUGCACGUUUGUUGGGCAGCUGUUUAAAUAGCAUAUUUGAAUUGGUUUCAGUUUGUCCACACCGCUUGUAUGAUUGAAUCUUCAUUUAAAAUCCUAUGUGGAAACACUGGAAUCAAGUGGAACUUUUUCCCAGAAUGUUGUAUUUAUAUUUACUAGGUUGAACUGGAAAGUAGUAGUUUUCUUUCCCAGAUGCAGCUAAUACUGACGAAUUAUAGGUGCUUUAUUUAAAAUGUGUGUGUUGAUAAGAAUCUGACUCCACUGAGAUUCAUAUGUUGAAGUAAUAUGCAUCGACUCGCUUUACACAGUAUGUGCCUUGUUGACACACAAGAAUCCAACUGCAAAAUUCAUUAUUGGGCAUUACUGUGGGCCUGUAAUGAUUCUUUCUGCACAGAGCUGUUACUAAUGACAAAAAUCUAUCUAAGGUGGUAACGUUUCAUUUUUAAACUGAAGGUACAAUAAGAGUGUUUGUAUGAUAUAAAAUAUUGGCGAAGGUCAAAAGAACAGAAAUAUUCUGAUUCUAGUAUAGGAAACAGGUGCAUCAUACUUGAAGCAACUUCCUUGUUUGGAUGCAGUCAUGUGAUCAUCACUGAGCCCAUAAUGAACUAUCACAUAUGACCAGCAGGAGAAUAAUCAUGGAUAAGCACCAGUAAUCGAUUUUUUUUUCUUUCUUUCUAUGAAGAUGUGCUUCGAUUUGAAAAAUCAAGCUAGUGAAUAUGCUACAAAAGUGUGUAUGUAAACAUUAAUACUGGAAUGUCAUCUUCUAAGGUUCAGACUGUGAAACUGUAUAAUCAUAAGAGUUAUUUAUUGAUUUUCUUUCUUGUGCAAAUAUUUUACUGAGUUUUACUUAAGUAAUAAAAAAUGCUACUAAACGGAGAACAUUUUUAAUAGACUUUGUAGAAGUGCCAUUAGAUUUAAUAUAAUUUUUUUGAUAAGAAACAUAUAUUUUAUAGGAAACAGAUGCUUUGAUGUUAGUGCUCUAGUGAAUGUAGGUGACAAUCUGUUUUGAUUUUAAAUGCUUGUUGUAUUUUUUUGUUUGUUUGUUUGUUUGUUUUUUGGAUUAACGCUGUCACGUUACAAACUUGGAAUUUGUUUGUGCUUUUUAUUUGCCGCUUUUUGACGUGUACCUGUGUGUGUGCUGUGGAAAAAGUGACAAUCUUGAGCUAGGACUUUAUUUCGAUUAUGUUUAGAUUAAAUAGAGAAUUUUAUGUCA